AUGGAUAAAUGGAAAUCAGUAAGUUUCUCAAAGGAGGAGGAAGAAGGAAUAACGGCUGAGGUUGAAGAAGUGUGUGAAGGAGAAAUCUUCCAACGGACCUUAGCGGGGAGGCUAUGGACAGACAACAGCUUCAACUCAAAAGCGUUUACAAAUACAAUGGUGGGGGCUUGGAAGCUGAAAAACCCAAUCGAAGUGCAGGAACUGAACAAAAAUCUUUUCCUCUUUCGUUUCGCAACGAGAAGGGAUCUAGAGAAUAUACUGAAGAACGGCCCUUGGAGUUUUGAUAGAAACUUGUUGGUGCUCAGCAGGAUUACAGGUGAAGAACAACAUCCAGAUCUUAAUAUGCAUUACGGUACUUUCUGGGUCCGUAUUUAUGAACUACCGCUAAUGCUUAGAUCCGAGGCGAUGGCGAAGAAACUAGGAGGUAUUCUGGGCGAGUUUGAGGAACUUGACACAAAAGAGGCUCAUCGGAACGGAAUAUUUCUAAGGAUAAAAGUCACCAUUGAUCUAAAGAAAUCGCUUAAGAGAGGAACUGUGGUGAAACUCAAGGAGAAAAAUCUACGCGUUCACUUCAAAUACGAGCGCUUACCCACAUUUUGUUUUGUGUGUGGAAAGCUAGGACACCAGAUAAAGGACUGUGAAACGGUGGGAGAUUUAAGUGAUGAAGGAUUUGAAGAAAACGAAGAACAAGAUCUAGCAUUUGGAGCAUGGCUGCGUGCAUCACCUCUGCCGAGAAUUCAGGAAGAAGCGAAGAGGAAGGAUUCCACAUCUAGCUCAUGCAGUAAAAACCUAUCCAAUGUCUCUUCUAGUCACAGUAGAUGCGAGGAAAGAGGAAGAAGCAAGGAUAUAGAGGAAGGAGAAGUGGAGCAACUACAGGUAAAAGAUCAAAUGGAGAAAGGGGAAGGUACAAAUACGAACAGAGAAAGCGGUAAGGAACUGAUGAUUAAAGGAAGUAACUCAAAUCAGAAAGGAAAGGGAGUUGGUAAAGCGCUACUGGAAAUAGAGGCAAUGGCAGAAUCAUUGUUGGAGCGGUAA